AUUCUUAGAAGGACGAUAGAAGCUAUAUGGUUUCAUCCCUCGGCAACUGCGGACUCACGCGUCGCAACGCGCUGGAGCACAUCGGACAGCUGUGUUUCGUUAUCUAAAUGCAAACCAGCCCAAGAAGUGGUCGAGCUUCACGUCUCCUCUCCCAGACGGUCUGCAGAGCCGUUAAUCCUCGUUUUAGACCUAUUUCGAGCCUUGAAUCAAAUCUGAGGCGGCGAAGGAUUGCGGCACAGCCUCGCAACACCGCACUGCCAUUGUCGGCCUAGGACGUAGGCCAGCCAGAAAAGAUGAUUUUGCAUACAUCUGCACUCUUGCCCAUCAAAUGUAAGUCGAGCCCAAGUACUUCAGAGAGCACAUCAUCGAAUCCCUCGCCCUUGUUGAGCCUUGAUUGAGCUGUUCUACUCCAAUAUGGAAAACUCGUCGUCGAUAUUGGAGAAGUUGCCCACCGAGAUCUUUCUCCAGAUAUGUGAGCUACUCGUAGACACUCAUCCAGCAAGCGUUCACUACUUAGCUAGCGCAAGCAAGAAGAUCAGAAACUUGACUACUACGGUCAGUUUCAGAAAUGUCACAUUGCCCAUCGCCAAUCACGUUAGCGUUGACGAGACUGUACAUCGACUCGUAGAUGAUAUGGCGCGUGUCGACGGCCUCGUCUGUAUACGCACGCUGAGACUAUGUCAAGCUUCGCAUGACAUUGGCAUAGCGGAACAAGCCAGCAGAGAAAUCAGAUCUAUGCCCGAUUGUAUCAUGCAGCCUGCUGAAGCUGUUUGGUCUUACAACGAGGCCUGGAAACCUGUGGCCGAUCUGUUGAGGCAGUUGUCUGCUCUCACGGAUCUGCUCUACGAGCUCCCACACCAAGUCCCUCCUUGCAUACUUGAUAUACUACAUCAGUACCAGCCACAGUGCAGGCUUCAUUUGAGGACCUUUGCACUUCGAAGCCUAGAUCAGCCUGAAUUGGACAAACAUGAGUUAGCAAUCAUAACUUCACCAAAUUUACACGCUAUCUGGUCUGCAUACGUACAGCAGGACAACGGUCGAGCGGCAAAUAAUUCUCAACAAGUAGUUCAACAGAUUGCCGGCGGGCUAGCACCAAACCUCCAGGAAGUUUGUUUCAUCAGGAAAAGACACCCUUUGCGGUCCAACGACAGACGACCAAUCAAAAGUCCAGAGUCGCAAGAGGUCAGAUCGCUCGUGGAGGGAUGUCAUCUCAGCCCAUCGACCCGCCUGGAACGAUUGGAGAUAUAUCCCGAUGCUGAAGAAUGCGGUGUCUUGACAAAAGAGGAGCUCGUAAACUGGUCUCGUCAUGUCGACUUCACACACCUACAAACUCUGGUCAUGGACUUACCCGCAGAAAUGCAUGCAGUACAGUGGCUUAAAGAUGAAGGCAACACUACUUCCCUCAAAGUCCUCAAUUUUCAACCGCGCAUCAUCGACGGCGGUCCGUGGAGUGUCAAGGAAAAGGCGCUCUGCAGGACAUUUGUCCAUGCGCGACACCCUCUAUCAGAGCUCACCAUAGGGGGGACAUAUAGCUUGAGGGACUUUGGCAGCAUCACUUCUCACGGGGUCAGUCUCCGCAAGCUGAUAUUCAAACCUACCACGGAAUUCGGAUAUAUGUACCGCAACAUGGCAUCCACCUACAAAAAUCUAGGCCGAAAUUGUCCCAAUCUCACACAUCUUGAAGCCGUCGUGCAGAGAGACUUUAAAGGCGAAACCACGGAAUCAGAUACAUACAAGGUGUUUGGGAGAUGCCCAAAUCUUCGCCGUCUUAAAAUUAAUCUCAUCACGACAAUACCAUAUUACAUGGUCUCUCAAGAAAGGCUCGAGGACUUUGAUGACUUCGACUCGGAAGUAUUCCCAGGUCUGGAUCGAUAUGGCCAAGUCCGUCAUGGCGAUGUCAAGCAAUGGUUCAUCAACAAAGCCAUCGAUGAAGACUUUGCAAAGACCGUCCUCCGUCUGACUUCACCAGUGCAAAGUAAUCAAAUACUCGAGAGACUGGAGAUAGCGCCGGACACAUCCACUUUUGAACAUGUGUUAGACGACACACUGAUCAGAGGUGUUGUCAAUCAUAUCUGCAGAUCUUGGGUCGCUGAGUCGGCUGUUGGUGACGAUCAAACUGGCCAAGUGACCAUACAAGAGUUGGGCAAGGAGAUCAGGAAGAGUCAGCCAGCUCCAAAAGAGCUAGAUCCUCGUGUCAAGCAGAUUUUUAGACGUGUCUGGCCGGGGAGUAAUGACGGAAAGAGCGAUUGGCGAACUGAUUGGCACAGUCAAUUGGCAAUCGGCGAAGACGACGGUCAGACCUGAUCAGUCGCGCGAGUUCAUUGUAUUCGUGGAUGGCUGGAUUGACCCACAUCGAUUAUCAUCUUGAAGGUCGGCAAUCACUUGCUAGACCAGCGCCCACUGGUCCUUACAGAGUAAAACAUAUAUAGGUUACAGCUUAGUACACGUAGUUUCCUUAAAAGCGUUCCCGCAGAC